UGCGCAUUGGUUCCUCGUCUGGACCCUCCCGGAGCUCUUCCGGGUGUGGAUAACCCACAUUUCCUUCUGCCCACACGCAUUCCCAAGAAAACAUCCUGGAUAACUGGCCGAGCUGCGUGGGAGUGCAAACCAACGAAUGAAACAGAACACUCGAGCUGGCAGCCAGAUAGUUCGCGAAGACACACACAGGACAUGUUUGACGACCGACGGUGGGAACCGUGGAAUAUUUGAGAUGUCAGCGCAUCAUUUCCAAACACCAUUAGUCAGCCAGCUGUUGUUCACAUUUCGAGUUUGCAGACCUUCUCUGUACUAAAUCUUUUCACUAUACAAGACGUUAAGCAAGCAGUUUAAAUAGGGAAACAAUAUGUGGCGAUAUACUUUGGCUAUUGCGCUCAUUGUCAUUGCGCAUUAUGUCAACGGAGAGCCACAAACGCGUCCAUCCUCAGCGAUGCAGCUGAAUUCGACAUUACCCCCUCAAGAAGAAAAUUCAUCACAUAAUGCAACAGAUGCAGCGGUUGGAUCUCGUAUUUCUACCAUUUUAAGGGAUCUUCCUACCAUCAAAAGCAUUUCGAUUUUCAUCUGCGUAUUAACAACCUUGCUAAUCACGUGCCUUGUCAUAAAAAUAUUCAGAUCGGCAAAGAAGAUCAGAAAAACGCGCAAGUAUGACAUCAUCACAACUCCCGCCGAGCAUGUAGAGAUGGCGCCUUUAAAUGAAGAAAAUGACGAAGACGACGACUCGACCCUGUUCGAUGUAAAGUACAGGUGAGUCAUUGUUGAAGAUCUCUUUUAAACCCCGCUGGAUACCUCUGUGUGAACAUAUCUAUACAGGAAUUGUGCUCCCUGUACCUCUGAUUUGAUCCAUCCUCAGAGGCUUGAAACCUCAGUGGAACAAGAGUUUUACAUGUAUUGAUGUAUUAAUGUGUUUUGGCAUUCCAAACCAGCAUGAAAUCUGAUGUUUAAUGAAAGUUUUUCCUGUUUAAAGCACAGAAAGUUAGGCUAAUCAAAGAUUAAGAAAAAAAAAAAAAAAAGAAGGGAGACACUAAAAUUAGUCCUCCACAACUUUUCCUUUUGCCCAGAAACAUUCCAGUUGUUUGGUAGAAAGUCUGUAAUUCAGUAUAAUAUAUUCAAUAUUGCCCUUGAAUGUACACUGAAGCUAUUUUAAGUAAUAUAUUUUUAAAUGUAAUUAUAAUAUCAUUGUUUUUUUGUUUUUUAAUAAUUCCAGACUAUUAAAAUUAUUCUACUCAUGGAGCUCAAAUGUUAAGUCAAUCACAUUGUUUUACUUUAAGUGAUUUAGCUGUGCUUGAAUCAGCUCAAAGUUUCAAAUGAAAAGAAUAGUUUUAUAUUUGUGAUGGACAGAGAUUAUUAUUAUUUUUUUCUAAAUCUGACUAUUGACAAUGUUAAAUGGAUGUUUAUGAUCCAAUACUGAAACUGUCUUUAUGAUAUACUAUUGUCUGUAUAUACUGUAUGCAAAUUAUUUCUCUGGAAUAGUUUAUUUUUAGAAAAAAAUUACAUUUUGAUUUAAUAAGAGUAAUAUGUUUCAAACCUCCUCCCUAUAUUUUGAGAAUGAUUAAUUUACUAACCACUAAUUGUGCAUAUUUACUGUAUAAGGGUUGAAUGUAUGUGUGAAAGAGGAUGGAUGUGGAGUUGAAAGAUUAUUGUUGCCAUUUUGCUGCUCUCCGAGGUUGGGGAUUGUUUUUUUUAUUGUCGCAUAUGCACAUCUUUUUUAAUGAACUCUUUUUAGUGGAAAACUGCAGUACCACACAUCAUGAAGGGUUUAAACACCCAUAUAUAGCCGUUAUCGUAUCAGACAUAUUAAAUUAUAUUUCCCAUAUUUAGAGAAGCAUUGAAAGAGUAUCUUUGAAUUAUAUUAAAGCUACAGCGACAUAUUGAAUUAUGGGUGACACUUUAUUUUAAGGUCCAAUUCUCACUGUUAACAAAUCAUUAACUACGACU